AUGCGCAUUCCCCGUUCCAAGCCUUGGUAUGAAGCCGAUCACGUGCUUUUCAUCAUCAAUUUAAGAAGGGAAAGUCAUUGGGUUUUUGGGCGUCUUGACGUGCACGAAAGGACGUUAUUUCUGUACAAUUCUUUGAGAACCGCGAAGAUGAAUGCCGCAGCUAGGAAUGCGAUGAAGGCUUAUUCCGUGUUGCUGCCUUUGUUUUUCGAUUUACUUGGGUUCUGGAAGAAUAGAGCACAAGUUCCUGCCUCAGUUUCUGACCCUACAGCUCCAUUCAGAAUCGUGGAGCUUAGUGGUCUUGCGUCUCAGCAGAAGAAUGAUUGUGGAGCAUAUGUUGCUGCCUUUGCUGAAUUCUUUAUACACGGAAAGGAUGUCCCUGCAGACUUUGACAUCGAAGUUUAUCGAACCCGACUUGCUUCACUUUUCUACUCGUACGGACAAAGGAAAAUUGACGAAAGUAUUGACAGCGAGGAUGAGAAGCAAUCCAAGUCUUCUAAGGCAUCUAAAUUGAAGAAAUAGGAACUUUUAAUUUGGUGGCUCUAUUAUGUUAUUUGUUGAAUCUAUUUACUUGACAAGUUUUAGUGUUGUUGUGUGUUUAAAACUAUGUAGCUGGUUUAAAACUUUUAGGAUAUUUGACAUUCACUCCUUAUAAUAUCUUUAUUGUAUAGGUUUGUAUUUCCCAAA